UCCCAUGAAGCACAUCUUCUCUCCAAGUCAGUUACUGCAAACCCCUGCAAUGAAAAUAAUUAUAAAGUCAGUAAAUUAGUACAAUAUUCAAAUGCGGGCGAUUUAAUUGUAUUGGAUGGUUUGCAAAAACCACAAAUGAAAACAACCCACGACGAAUAUUACGCUGAACCAAUAAAAGACAAUAUUUUUCAAAAUGACAAUCAAGAGAUGCUAUCAGGCUACACUUUAAACGUAAAUAAACACCAAGACGAAAAAAACAAGAAGGACAACAAAACUGAAACACACGUUAAUAGAUGUUCUUUUAUCCCCGGAAAUAGCUUUGAUUCGAGAUACAAAUUAACCCAAUCAGAGUAUAUUCAGACAGAUGCAAAAAAUUGCUCCAGUACUGAGUCACGUAAUGGACACAAGUCAAUCGGUAUACAAAAGGAAUCACACAAUGGCAGACAUCAAAAAGGGAAAAGCAGUAAUUAUUUUAAACAAAUCUUACAAACAUUUGAUGCCGAUUUCAGCUCGCAAUAUUCAAAGAAAAUGCAUCCUCAAAAUCUAAAACCCCGAUCACAUGAUAACAUGAAAGACAAUAGUUUGAUUUCUCUUAAGAAUAUUCCUAAAUCACGGAGUUAUCAAAAGGAUUUAUUAUUCGAUCCGAAUAAUACAGAUAGCCCUUGCAUUGAUAACAUGAUAUUGACAAGUGAAUAUUGCAAAAGAUCUAGAAAACGUAUACAAAGCAAAGAAAGUAAAGUUUUGUCAAAUAAGGCAGAGCUAGAUAGAGAUCCUGCAAAUCAAUUACACAUUUUAGAUAAGGAUAUAAUUAAAGGUGCUGAAGAAAUAAAGGCAUUAGCUGAAGUUGUUAAGAAAUCUCCGUCAAAAAAGAAGACGAAUAAAAAACAUGAUUUCAGAGUUUGUUCAAGUUGCCUUCAAGGUGCUUUAACCGAAGUCUAUAAAGCUCCCGAAAAUGCAGAUAAAACCAAUUGUUUUCAUAAAAAAAGACAAUUUAAGUGCGCAUCAGCUAUGAUUUCUCCGUGUGAUUGCCAUGAUGAAUCAACUAGAGAUUCAGCUAGUUGCGAAGAAAAUGAACCCUGCGACGAUAUUCAAAUGCUUAAUAUGCAGUCACGUACUACAAAAAGAAAAGGGGCGUCAGAUAACAUUUUGUGUAUGAAGUCAAAACCAACAGCUUCUUAUUUUGCUGCAGUUAAAGAAAAGUCAACUGGAGGAUUUUUCGACUUCGGAGACAAUAAAUGUAAAAGGGGAACCCCAGAUAUAGAUUACGCUUUUGUAAGAAUAAGUAAGUUUGAUGAAUACACCGUAUUCGAAGUGCUUAAGUCUACCAAGGUAAAACCGCUUUGGCUUCAUCUUCCCAGCACUAUAGAGGAUAUAUUUGUUAUCAAAAAUACCGAUAGAAAGUAUUAAGAAUUAUUAUUAUAUGCUCAAAAUGUAGCUUAUUCUGUCCCUGUUUUAAUAAAUUCUCCACUAAAAUGCAAA